GCGGUAUUGCAACCGGCUCCCGCGUCCUGUUUUCCAGCUCGCGUCCGGCCCCCGCCCUGGUCAGGGGGUGCUGGGCGGGGUGGCCGGAGCUCCGGGGAGCCAGAGACCCUGCCCCGCGCGCCCAGAGAUGCUGCUGCCACCCGGACACCCGGCCCUGCUGCUCCUGGCGGGGAUCCUGCUUGGAGCAGCUGCCCAGGAUCCCCGGUACACGAUAACCCAGCCUGAGUCCCUGUCGGCGCCGGCCGGGGGCUCCGUCACCCUGCCCUGCGCCUUCACCUACCCCCCCGAGAUCGAGCCGCUGCGGGACCUCCGGGUUUACUGGAGACGGGGGGGAUUCUAUGGCGAGUUUAUCUACAAUCACACCGAGGGGCUCACCCGCCCGGAUUACAGGAGCCGCAUCGCCCUGGUCGGGGACCCGCGGGGGAGCCGAACGGCCUCGAUCCGCAUCGACCGGCUGCGGGAGUUGGACGCCAGCGAGUACGUCUGCCAAAUCAGGGUGCAGAAGAACAACGGCCAAUGGGAUCAAUGGCGCGGUCACCCUGGGACCAGACUCACGGUGACAGCCUUGACGACGCACGUCCCCUCCACGGAGCAGGCGACGAUCUCAGCCACGACGCAGCGGCCAGCCGGGCUGGGGGCAGCCCCUGUGAUUGGGGGGGCGCUGGCGGGGGCCAUCCUGCUGGCCGGGAUCAUCGGGCUGGCCGUGUACGGAGCCCGGAAGAGAACAGGCGGUCGGCGGAAGGACCCCUCAGCCCGGAGGGCGCGUGGCCAGUCGCAGGCCGAGGGCAGAGGCGAGUACAUGGAGAUCGGGGCGGGAGGCCAGGACGUCCCCCCGCCCCAGCGCCCCCCCCCGGACCCCCAGGACCCCGGCUUGCUCUACGCCGCCCUGGCCUUCGCCGAGCCCGGCACUGCCCCGAGGCAGCCAGAGCCCCGCGGGGCCCCCACGGACGAGACCCUCUACUCAGCCGUCCGGGUCCGCUAGGGCGGGGGCAGCCUGGACCCCCAGGGGAGGGGCUGGGGGUGGAGGGGAAGGGCAGGCCAUGGGGGGGCAGAGCUGGAUGAGGGUGAAUGCGGGAUGGUCC